AUGGACAACCCACGUCUCUACCUCAACUUCAACAACAACAAUGCGGCUGACCGCAUCGCCGCAAACGACCGAGCAUACCCAACGACGCCCUCGACGUUCCCCCAACCCGUCUUCCCCUCAACAACGCAGCAGCAGCAGGGCGGUGCCGCCAACAACAUCGGCCUUGCAUCGUCCCAGCAGCCCCAGCAGUACCAGUCGUCCGGUUACGCCUCGCAGCAGCAGCAGCAGCAGCAGCAACAGCAGCAACAGCAGGGCGGCUACUUCUCACAAAACCAGUAUGCCGCGCCACAGUACUCGUCGCAGCAGCAUGCCGCUGGCAACGAGUACAGCACUGGUGGUGCGCCCCUGAGCGGCGGCGGCGGCGGCGGUGCCUCGGCCGCGUCGGCGGGUGGCAUCUCGGCCUCGGCCAGCGCCAACAGCCUCUACCAGCCGCGCUCCAACACCCCCAGCGCCACCGACCCCAACACGGGCCUCGCGCACCAGUUCUCCCACCAGAACCUCGGCGGCGCUGCCCGUGCCGCCGCUGCCGCCGCCUCGACCAACAACUACAGCCGCGGACCGUCGGCGGCCCAGCGUCCACGGACGGCCGGUGCCACAGGCUACCAGCCUGCCGGCGGCUACAACAGCUACCUGAAUGCCCCGCUGCCGAGCCAGCCCGCAGCGCCUGUCUUUGAGUUCCAGGUCGCGCCCGAGCGGAACCCGGACCGCUUCGGGGCCAACGCCAACAACAACCAGAAAAAGUGCUCGCAGCUGGCCGCCGACUUUUUCAAGGACAGUGUCAAGCGUGCGCGUGAGAGAAACCAGAGACAAAGCGAGAUGGAGCAGAAGCUGGCCGAGCCGAACCAGACCGCCGCCCGCAAGGAGCAGAUCUGGUCGACGGCCGGUCGGCGAGAGGGCUCGUACCUGCGCUUCCUGCGGACCAAGGACAAGCCGGAGAACUACACCACGGUCAAGAUCAUUGGCAAGGGCGCCUUUGGCGAGGUCAAGCUGGUGCAGAAAAAGGCCGACAACAAGGUCUACGCCAUGAAGUCGCUGGUCAAGACGGAAAUGUUCCGGCGCGACCAGCUGGCCCACGUGCGUGCCGAGCGUGACAUUCUGGCCGAGUCCGACAGCCCGUGGGUCGUCAAGCUGUACACGACCUUCCAGGACGCCAACUUCUUGUACAUGCUGAUGGAGUUCUUGCCGGGCGGCGACCUGAUGACGAUGCUGAUCAAGUACGAGAUCUUCUCGGAAGACAUUACGCGCUUCUACAUUGCCGAGAUUGUGCUGGCCAUCGAGGCGGUGCACAAGCUGGGCUUCAUCCACCGCGACAUCAAGCCGGACAACAUCUUGCUGGACCGCGGCGGCCACGUCAAGCUGACCGACUUUGGCCUGUCGACGGGCUUCCACAAGCUGCACGACAACAACUACUACCAGCAGCUGCUGCAGGGCCGCCCCGCCGGCAGCCGGCCGCGCGGCGGCGACCGCAACUCCAUUGCCAUUGACCAGAUCAACCUGACGGUCAGCAACCGGUCGCAGAUUAACGAUUGGCGGCGGUCCCGCCGGCUGAUGGCCUACUCGACGGUCGGCACCCCGGACUACAUUGCCCCCGAGAUCUUCACGGGCCACGGCUACAGCUUCGACUGCGACUGGUGGUCGCUCGGCACCAUCAUGUUUGAGUGCCUCGUGGGCUGGCCGCCCUUUUGCGCCGAGGACCGCCACGACACCUACCACAAGAUUGUCACCUGGCGCCAGUCGCUGUACUUUCCCGACGACAUCCAGCUGGGCCUCGACGCCGAGGGCCUCAUCCGCAGCCUCAUCUGCAACACGGAGAACCGCCUGGGCCGCGGCGGCGCCCACGAGAUCAAGGGCCACGCCUUCUUCCGCGGCGUCGAGUUUGACAGCCUGCGCCGCAUCCGCGCGCCCUUUGAGCCGCGCCUCACCUCCAACAUCGACACCACCUACUUCCCCACCGACGAGAUCGACCAGACGGACAACGCCACGCUGCUGCGCGCGCAGCAGGCGCAGCAGGGCAGCCGCAGCGCCGCGCCCGAGGAGAGCCCGGAGAUGAGCCUGCCCUUUAUCGGCUACACCUUUAAGCGGUUCGACAACAACUUUCGUUGA